AUGUAUACCUCAGGCGGCCCUGGAGAGAGCGGGACUAAGGAGGUUGCAGUCAUAGGUCAGGCGGAUACCGACGGUAUCACCGCUAUUCUCCUGUCGCGGAACGCAUCUUCUACAGAAGCCGCAAAGUCUUCCGCACCUACCCGUAUCCUAGGAAGCUCUGAGAGAGGCUACGAGAUACUGAAGACUUCAACCGUCCCCCAGAUGGACUUUUCCAAUUUCGACUCCUACGCGGAGGACGCGACGUCCGUUAUCCAGUUCUUCUGCAGCAAGGAUCGCUCAGGGCCCGAUCGGAUAUAUAUCGCUCUCGUUUUCGCUUUCAUCAUCACUCGCUGCUAUCACAAGUUGCUUGCCCGCGUGGAGAACGGAGACAAAAUUUGGGGUGGUUCGAAGGGCACCGAGUACGAUCAUCCGACAAGUUACAUCCGGCGAGCGUUCGACUCCAAAUCCCCAUCGUCUAUCACCGAGCAACACUUCGUCCUAGGUCUACCACCCUACAUCGAGAUCUUGCUCAGCGAGUGGGGUAUUGAGCCGUCGUCCUGCACCGAUCAGACUGUCGAUUCCACCGCACCUGGAGCUUCGACCAUACCUGGGUCCUCCGCCGCUCAAAAUGCCUCCACAAGACAUUUCAAGGUCUCGGCCGACAAUGCGAAGCAGUGGGCGGAAGCCCUUCACGGCAUCGUACACAAAGUUAGGACUUUUCUGCGCGAGAUGGUGGAAAAGAAGAAGAGCUCGUACGAGAUCCUCGAAUUCCUGCAACUGGAAUAUUACAUGGUGCUCUUGCAGGCUCUUUUGAGGUGUGGCGUUGUUUCGCAUCUCAUCACCGGGAAUAUCGAGAUCGCACUUUCCAAAAUGCGGGACCACAACCUGAAACGAUUUGUCCUCAAGGCCAUCAUCACUAAGCCAGAUACUACGGGUAAACCCUCGAUCGACCCUCACGAAGAGGAGAACUCGAGCAGAGGAAACCCUACGUCCACAGAACAUGUCGGGUAUGAUGAUGACGAAGAUCUGGCUGCGGACGCAUCUACCGAACCAGGCGAGACGGAGAAAUCCCAUGUGAUAAGAUACCUCAAGACGCUUUUGAUACCCUUGACCAUCAUCCUCACCUUGCAACGCCUCCGUAAUGCGCGCCCCACCUCAGUCACCGUGUACCGUUUCCUGAGCUCCGCCUCAAGCCUCUCACCUACCAGCUCCUCGGGCCUGUUCAAUGAAGUCCUGCGGGCAGCACAUGAGAGCGACUUAGACGUAUCAAAGGACUCAGACCUUUUCAAGCUGAGCACAUCCAAGAAGACCAAGCACAGCGCAGUGAUACACACCGAGGCAGCUCUCAUGACUCUCGUUUGGUCUUUGCGCGCAAACCCAAGCACUGCAAAGGCGGUGUUGGGCGAGGCUUUUGAGGACCUACAGGACAUGUUGCGUGAAGGGGAGAUCCUGAUAGGAAUCAGCAAAAAAUGCUGCUAUUGUUGCCACCUCCUUGCCGAGGAGCUCGCGUCCAACGGGUCCCCCUCUCCAGUCAAGUUCGUUCUUCAAGGCACACACGCAACAGUUUACCCGUGGCUCCCCCCGGACGGCCUGCCGCUCAAGGUUCUUCAAGGCAUCAGGGCUAAGCUCAAGGAGGCUCUGAUGCAAGCCAUCCGGGAUGAGCUAUCUAGCACCGGCUCGGCUCAGAGCUCGCCGUUCAGUACCACCUCUGAGCUAGCUUUUCUCCCCCCCCAAGAGACGCGUGAAAACUUCGUGAACUUUAUGUUGGGUACCAACUAG